GCAAUUAUUCUUUAAAAAUUAACAACAGUUCUGUCUGCAUUAUGAAACGUUCGGUAACAGAAGAAAAUGGAGAGGCAAAGAGAUCUUUUGUCAAGCAAGAGUGUGUCAGUUUUGGAUAUGAAGGUUCCUAUCCUGUAUAUACUACUUCAUCUUCAUCUACCUCAACUGUGACACAACCUUUGCCUGGACAACCCCCGUUACCUCCAAUGCCUCCACCAUCCAGUGGAGUCCCACCACCUCCUCAUGUUUUUGGACCAGUGCCUUCUCAAGUUACACCAAUUCAAGCAUGGACACAUCCUCCUGCACCAUGGCAAUGGAUAACACCUCAAACAUCACCCCUACCACCUCCACCCCCACGUGAUAUGACUGCUAACUCAUUUCAAAGAGAAAUGCCUUUAAGAGGUAAUUAUAUGAGACGUGAAAGGUUUAAUCACAAUAGAAGCAAUAUAUAUGUUCAAAGAAAUAACUUUCAUCGUAAAAAUAGAAGGCUUGCACGAUUUGGACAGUCUCAGGGUCACUUUGAGCAGGCAGCUUAUUUCGGUGCAACAUUGAGUAGUAGUCUUGGUUUGGAAUGGCAGAGAACCAAUUAUCCUACAACUACGAGUGAUGCUAUUAUGAAUCACAUGCCUGUUCCUCUUCCUAAUCAUUCUCUUCCCUCCAUUCCUCCAGGAAUUUUAACAAAUCGACAUGGGGAGGAAACUUCAGAUCAAGAUGUUAAAAUAGUUUUGGAAGAAGUUGUAGUUAAAAAGAAUAAACAAAGGAAACCUAUGUCACAAAGUUAUCCUAGUCGACCAUGGAACAGAGAAGAUGCAGAAAGAGCUUUGAAGAUUGAGAAUGAAUAUAAUAAAACAGUCAAAGCUCAAAGUCUAAUAAUCAAAUUCCCAGAUCCUGAUCUUAAUAAAGAUAUUGUUCGGGAAUUUCACCCUGGUAUACAAAACAUACAUUUUCAAAGUCCUAGUGGUCCUAGAUAUUGUUUCAUACAAAUGGCAGAGAGUGUUGAUAUUGAUGAGGCUAUAAAAGAGUUGGAGAAAAUCCCCUUUGGCAUUGGUCAUUUGAAAGUUGAACGGAAAUCCCUAAGGGAUGAGGAUAAUCCAAUGCCUGAGGAAAUAGACCCUUAUACAUUAUACAUAGGAAAUUUACCAGAGUCUGUUAAUGUUAAUGAAGUAAAAAGUAAGUUUCCCACAGCUGCUCGAGUAGAUGUAGGGUAUGCACAGAAAAUGAGAAAUACCCGAUAUGCUUUUAUAAGGUAUAAUAGUGUAGAUGAAUCUAUAUCUGCAUACAAACAAGCACAUGAUUUAAUGUGGGAUACCAGAAGUAUUAUUGUUAGGUUUAGAAGACAGCGUGGUAAUACUUGUCUUCCCGGUGAACCAAAACCAAAUGUUAAGAAAGUAAAAGAGGAACCAAAUACUAAUUCACAAUUAAAGAAGGAACAGAAGGUUAACCAUGCAGAUAAAAAUUUGCCAAACCUAGAAAGGAACGUAGCAAAUAUACUACAAGAAAAUUCCAGUAAAACACAGAAUAAAAUAACGUCUCUGGAACAAGAAAAAUGCACGAAUUUGCAAUCGUCUUCGUCUUCGUCUUCACCUGUACCGACCUCAAUUGCAUCCGUUAAAUCUGCACAAUUACAGCAACAACAACCAUGGACCAGUCAACCGCCUCAAAUUCCUCCAGCAUCAGAGGCACCUCCACCUUGUUCAAAUGAAAGAGAAUCAGUUCCGGAAACGAUACUGCUUACGGAAAUUAAGGAAGAACCAGAAGAUUACGAAGAAAUGGACAUGUCAUGUAAUAUUCGGUCUGAUGAAGAUGUAGAUGACGAUGUGGAUGACGAUGACGACGACGAUGACGAAGAGGAAGAAGAAGAAGAAGACGACUCCGAUGAUAAUGACGAGGAUAAUGAAAACGAUUAUGAAGAAGUGGAUGAGGCAGUAGAUAUAGAUGAAAAUGGUAGCUUAUCGUUUAGUGACAAACAAGAAGAAAUCGCGAAAGACACUGACCCAUCUGAUCACCUUGAUCAGAUGUUCAAUGAAUUGGAGAAUAUGGCUGGUGACAUCGGUUUUUAA